GGAGGCCUCAGCAGAGAGAGAAGUGGCCAGAGAGGCCCAGGGGACAGCCAGGGACAGGCAGACAUGCAGCCAGAGCCCCGAGGCCUGGACAGGGGCUGCCGGGCCCCGUGACGGGAGGACCCCGAGCCCCUGGCCCGGGGAGGGGCCAUGGUGCUGCCUGUCCAACAUGUCAGCCGAGGUGCGGCUGAGCCGGCUCCAGCAGCUGGUGCUGGACCCUGGCUUCCUGGGGCUGGAGCCCCUGCUCGACCUUCUCCUGGGCGUCCACCAGGAGCUGGGGGCCUCCGACCUGGCCCAGGACAAGUAUGUGGCCGACUUCUUGCAGUGGGUGGAGCCCAUCGCGGCGAGGCUUAAGGAGGCCCGUCUGCAGAGGGAGGACUUCGAGAUUCUGAAGGUGAUCGGACGCGGGGCGUUCAGCGAGGUGGCGGUGGUGAAGAUGAAGCAGACGGGCCAGGUGUAUGCCAUGAAGAUCAUGAAUAAAUGGGACAUGCUGAAGAGGGGCGAGGUGUCGUGCUUCCGCGAAGAGAGGGAUGUGUUGGUGAACGGGGACCGGCGCUGGAUCACAGAGCUGCACUUCGCUUUCCAGGAUGAGAACUACUUGUACCUGGUCAUGGAGUACUACGUGGGCGGGGACCUGCUAACGCUGCUGAGCAAGUUUGGGGAGCGGAUCCCGGCAGAAAUGGCGCGCUUCUACCUGGCUGAGAUUGUCAUGGCCAUAGACUCGGUACACCGGCUGGGCUACGUACACAGAGACAUCAAACCCGACAACAUCCUAUUGGACCGCUGCGGUCACAUCCGUUUGGCCGACUUCGGCUCCUGCCUCAAGUUGCGGGCAGACGGAACGGUGCGGUCUCUGGUUGCUGUGGGCACGCCGGACUACUUGUCCCCCGAGAUCCUGCAGGCGGUGGGCGGCGGGCCCGGGAUGGGCAGCUACGGGCCCGAGUGUGACUGGUGGGCGCUGGGAGUGUUCGCCUAUGAGAUGUUCUACGGGCAGACGCCCUUCUACGCCGACUCCACCGCUGAGACCUACGGCAAGAUCGUGCACUACAAGGAGCACCUGUCUCUACCACUGGCCGAUGGGGGGAUUCCUGAGGAGGCUCGAGACCUCAUCCAGCAUCUGCUGUGUCCCCCUGAGAUGCGGCUGGGCCGGGACGGAGCAGGUGAUUUCCAGAAUCAUCCUUUUUUCUUUGGCCUUGACUGGGACGGUCUCCGAGACAGCGUGCCCCCUUUUACGCCGGAUUUUGAGGGUGCCACUGACACGUGCAACUUCGAUGUGGUGGAAGACGGGCUCACUGCCAUGGAGACGCUGUCAGACAUGCGGGAAGCCAUGCCACUGGGGGUCCACCUGCCCUUUGUGGGCUACUCCUACUCCUGCAUGGCCCUCAGGGACGAGGAGGUCCCAGGCCCCACAGCCAUGGAACUGGAGGCCGAGCCAUUGCCUGAGCCACCUGUGCAAGCAGCCAGCCCGGAGCCCACCGUGCCCCCACCGGAGGAAACAGCUGAAGCGGCGAUUCCGGAAGCCAUUCCAGCCUCGGCGGAGGCCCAGGAGGCCCGGAUGACGCUGCGGGAACUCCAGGAGGCCCUGGAGGAGGAGGUGCUUACUCGGCAGAGCCUGAGCCGGGAGCUGGAGGCCAUCCGCACAGCUAACCAGAACUUUGCCAGUCAGCUCCGUGAGGCCGAGGCCCGGAACCGAGACCUGGAGGCGCACGUCCGGCAGCUGCAAGAGCAGAUGGAGCUGCUGCAGGCCCGGGGAGAUGCAGCUGUCACGGGGGUCCCCAGUCCCCGGGCCACGGAUCUACCUUCCCAUCUAGAUGGCCCCCCGGCCUGGCUCUGGGCCAAUGCCCGCUGGUGGGGCCAGGCCAUGCACCGCCGCCACCUGCUGCUCCCUGCCAGGGUCCCUAAGCCUGACCUAUCGGAGGCGCGUUCCCUGCUCCUGUUCGCCGUUGCUCUGGCUGCUGCCGCCGCCUUGGGCUGCACUGGGUUGGUGGCCUACGCCGAACAUCUCGCCCCGGUCUGGCGCCACCCAGGAGCCGCCUUCGCCCCCUGAACCCUAGAACCCCAAGCCGGAGGGUUGGGUGACCUGGGCCAUCGCCCAGAAGCCGCUCCCGCCGCCUCCGCGUUCUCAACGCUCCAAGCGUGGGUCUCCACCCCAGCUCCAGCCCUGUGAUCCGGGCCCGCCCCCUGGCGGCCGGGGAGGGAGGAGCCGGGCCCGCGGUCGGAGCUCGGCGCUCCAGGAAGGCUUGUAACCGGGGGGAAUCGCAGACCACUUCCUUCCUGCGGCCUGGCUGAGGCCCCGACAUGGAUGGGCAAACUGCCAUCUAGAGAAGGCAGCAGGGCCAGGGCUCGGCCAUCAGUUUAUCACCCUCCCCGCCUCCCCACUGCCCCUACCCCGCCCCCAUCGGCUCGCAGACCACAAAUCCUUCUGCAUGAGGCCCCGCUAUCCCGGGAACGUCCUCUUCCCGCGGCGAACGUCUAGUGCGAGCUCCGCCCGCCCGCUCUCUCGGGAACCUUGUGCUUUUGCCAGCCCCGCUCUUUCGGGGACUCCCGCGCCCUCCUCACGUGAGCUGCUCUCGGAGCCACUGCAGGCUCCGCCCGCCUCGGCAGUUUGGGUAUUUAUUGACCUGUCCUCCGACCCGCUGACAGGCUCCAGGACCCCAGCGCCCUAAUCCACGUUUGGGAUGCACUGAGACCCCGACAUUCCUCAGUAUUUAUUGUCUCUCCCCACCUAGGACCCCACCCCCGAUCCUCGCGAAUAAAAGGCCCUCCCGUCUGCCCAAA